GUGUGUGCGCACGCACACUUGCACAUGCAUAUGUGCGUGUCUGUGUGUUUUUAUUCAGUCUUCUCACUUGAAAAAAAAUAAUAAUAAAAGUUAGAGACUUCAUUCAAAAUUCCUCUACAUGACCAAAUUUCCUAUUUGACUUGAGAUAUUUUCAUAUUUUCAAUAGAGAUAUUUGAAGAGUAGGGUGUCUGUCAUGUGGCUGCUUCCUAGAAGUUGCCUUUGUCUUUGUCACAUUAAUUAUCAAGUUGACUCUUCAUUUUCCACCGCAAAUUAACGUGGACAGUGGCAAUUAAAGUUAAAUCGAUCAAACUUGGUGGAACUUUCAUUUCAUGUAUAAAUGAAUUGAAAUGAUAAUCAAUUAUUCGCUGCAAAGUUAUAAGCAAUUGAUUCUUGUUCACUGUAAUCUCUGUUUAUCAUUCUGAAAUACUUUCACUCACAGACCUCUCUGAAAUCAGAUCCCUUCGUUUCUUCUGUUUGCACCUUAGUUGCCCUGUUACUCUGUCUCUCUUACUUUCCUUUAUUUCAGCUUUUUUCCCCCUAUUUCUGGUUCUUUUAAAAAAAAAAAAAAAUUCCUUUUCAAAAUUUCUGAUUUCUUAAAAAAAAUUUUGGCUAUUUCACUUACUGGAAAAAAAAUCAUUUCUCUUAAUUUUGGUGUGUUUUAAUUAUUUUCAUUUUCUUCUCCAGUUUUUCAAACUUGAAAAAAAGUUUUAUAAAAAAUGUUUGAUGUUGCGGGGAGUAUUGGGAGUGCAGUGAGUCCUAUCCUCGAAGUUGGCCAGUGGUUGGCUUUUCCAAUUUGGCGUCAAUUUAAGUACUUGUACAAUUGCACUACCAAUUUGAAAAAUCUUGAAGAGGAAGUUAAGAAGCUGAAGAACACAAAAGAAGAAGUGCAGCAUAAAGUUGAUGCUGCCGAAAGAAAUGUGGAAAAGAUCAAACAGAAUGUUAAGGACUGGCAGAAUGGUGUGGAGAAGACGAUUAUUGAAGCAGAGAAGUUGAUUAAAGAGAAAGAAAACAACCCACGAUGUUUCAAGGGAUUGUGCCCCAACUUCGUCAUUCACUACAAACACAGCAAAAAAUCAUUCAAAUUAAAGCAGAAUGAGAUUGAUCCACUCCUACAGCAAGAAAAGGAAUUGGGUCCGGUUUCCUUUCCUACUACUCCACCAGAGAUAUGGCUUAGAUCUAACGAAGAUUAUUUGGCUUUUAAAUCAAGAAACUCUACUGUUAAUAAUGUAUGGGAUGCUUUAAAUGAUGAGAAUGUGUACAUGAUUGGUGUUUACGGGAUGGGUGGUAUUGGGAAGACCACUCUUGUGCAGGAACUUGGUAGGAAAGCUGAGAAGGAUAAACUCUUUGAGGAGAUUGUUUUUGUAGAGGUAACAGAAUCUCCUGAUAGAAAAAAGAUUCAAACAGUAAUUGCAGACAACUUGGGUCUGAAAUUCGAAAACGAAAGAGAAAUGACUAAGAAGUUAUUUCAAGAAUGAAGGACAAGAAUAUCCUUUUAAUUGUAGAUAAUAUAUGGGAACCUCUAGAUUUGACAACAACAUUUGGAAUUGCUUUUGGAGCUGCUUGUGGGAGAAAUAAACUACUGCUUACAACAAGAAACCUAGAUGUGCUAGAGAGGAUGGGUUCCACAAAGAAUUUCAGAAUGGGCAUUUUAAAUGAAGAAGAAGCAUGGAUCCUACUUACCAAAAUGACAGGUAAUGUUAUUCGGACUCGUGAAUUGCAUUCUCUACCAAAUGAUGUCUGUAAAGAAUGCGGAGGAUUACCUAUUAUCAUUUGUACAAUAGCAAAAGCAUUAAAAAACAAGAGUCAUCCAUCUGUUUGGAAGGUUGCAUUGCAAGAACUAAAAGCACCUUCACCAACAAAGUUCACAGGAUUCCUAGGAAAGGAAUACGCGAAGAUUGCCUUAAGUUAUGAGUAUUUAAGGGAUGAUGAACUUAAGAAAACUUUUUUAAUAUCUAGUCUAUUGGGAAAUAAUUCUUCUAUUUCAGAAUUAUUUAGACAUGUUGUGUGUUUGGAUAUACUUGAAGGGACUAACUUAACAAUGGAAGACGCACGAGAUAGACUAGAUAAAUUGGUUCGCGACCUCAAAGAUGCUUGUUUGUUAUUUGAUGGGUUAAGAAGUGAACAAUUUGCUAUGCAUGAUGUUAUUCGUGAUGUUGCCUUAACAAUUGCAUAUGUCGAUCACCAUGUGUUUACAAUGAGAAAUGACGUUGAACGAGAAUGGAAGGAAGGAGAUAAACUAAAGAAAUGCACAAAAAUCUCUUCACCUUAUAGUAGUAUCAUUAUUAGUAAGCUUUUGCCAAAUGAUUUGGGUUGUCCAAAUCUAGAAUAUUUCUAUAUGUGGAACUCUUUGUUCAAAAACUCUUGUUCAACAUCCCGAAGGGCUUCUUUAUAGUGAUGCCAAAGCUUAAAGUAUUGAAUUUAUUUGGACUACAACAAUCUUCAUUGCCAUCAUCAAUUGAUCUUCUGAGGAACCUUCAAACUUUAUGUUUAGAUUAUAGCAAAGUUAAAGAUUUUACUAUCAUUGGAAGGCUAAAGACGCUAAAAGUUCUUAGCUUGCAAAAUUCAGUUAUUGAGGAGUUUCCUAUAGAAAUGAGUCAAUUGACUCAACUAAGGUUGUUAGAUUUAAGCAAUUGUUGGAAGUUGGAAGGUAUGCCUACAAAUGUGAUAUCGCAAUUAUCCCAAUUGGAAGAUUUUUUUUUGAAGGGAUGCCCUAUUAAGUGGAAAUAUGAAGAACUCGCAGAAUUGAAACUCUUGUCCAAACUCACCAGUUUAGAAUUGGAUAUUAAAGAUAACAAUGUGUUGCCUAGAGACUUCUUUUCCAAAGAGCUUAAAAGGUACAAAAUAUCAGUAGGAGAUUGGUUUUUCCGAUAUCCAAUAAAGAGCAACCUAGUUGAGAAUUUAAGGAUUUUAAAAUUUCAAUCUAAUUCUACUGUCUCCCUAGAAGAAAUAUGCGGAAUCAAGAAAGUUGAAGUCUUAUGCAUAGCCAAAUCUUCAAAUGAUGCAAAGGAUCUUGAUGAAACGCUAAUGAGGCCAUUAUUUAAUGAGAAGGUUAUUUUUACCGAUUUGAUGAGCUUGGAAUUGGUCAAUAUUAAUUUUGGAAAGAUUUUGGAGAGCAAACUUUCAACUUCUUCUUUUCAAAAUUUGACACAUUUGAUUUUGGAGAGAUGUGAUAAAAUAAAACAUGUGUUUCCAUUUUCUACAGCCAAAAGUCUCUAGCAACUUCAAUAUGUUGAGAUAAAGGAUUGUAAGAUUUUAGAGAAGAUUGUUGAAGAAGAAGAAGAAGAAAGAGCAGAAGUUGGUUAUUCUACCUUUCCACAAAUGACUCAAUUAAAGCUCAAAAUUUUACCAAAACUUACUGUUUUCUAUUUACGAGCACAUGCUUUGGAAUUGCCAAUGUUAAAAACAUUGGUGAUAAAUUAUUGUCCAAAUUUUGCUUCAACAUAUCAAGGCUUCCAAGAUAAUAAUAAGAAGGGUAAAGUUCAAGUUUCAGAGUCAAAAUCCAUUUGCUUGGAGCAUAAGAUCAAUUCUAAUUUGAAGGUAUUUGAAUGGAUUGAUGGUAGGGAAAAGAGAAGGAUUUGUUGGCAAAGUCAAUCUAAAACUCUUACAAUAUGCAACACAAAUAUUCCAAUUGGACUCCUUAAGAGAUUUUACAAUCUGAAAAAGCUUGAACUAUUUGAAAUUCAAAACAAAGAAAUUAAAGGCCUAUUUGAUCUGAGAGAUCUUGAAGUUCUACAUGUACUUUCCUGUCAUAGAUUGAUGAGUCUACUCUCAUUCUCAGCUUCUUUCCAGAAUCUUAAAGUUCUAAAUAUAUGUUCUUACCACGGCUUGGUGAUGAAGUUGAUAACACCGUCAAUGGCUAAAAGUUUGGUGCAGUUGAGGGAAAUGAGUAUACACUAUAUUGAAACAUUCACUGAAAUAGUAGAAUAUGAGGGAGAUGCAACGACAAUGGACAUUGUUUUUGACAAUUUAAACAAGUUGUCACUCACAAAUUUAGAAAAUCUCAUAUGCUUUUGUUCCGGAAAUUACUCUUUUAGUUUUCCAUCUCUGGAAAGGUUAAUUAUAGAAAGAUGCCCCAAUAUGAAGAUUUUCUCUCCAGGAAGCUUAAGCACACCAAAGUUACACAAUGUCUAUUAUGAGAAGAAGCUGUAGAGAUUGGGGAGAAUGACUUGAAUACAUCUAUACAACAAGCAAACAAAAAAAUGAUUGUUCAGAAUUCUAUGAUAGAAUGGCAAAAUGAGUAGAAGAAGCCGACAUCGUUUGACAAAAUGUUAGUGCUUAUCCACAGAAAGCCAUAUGAAGAUUUUCCAGACUGUUGUCCUUGUCAGAACUAUGUCUGUACCCUAUGUUGAUCUAUGAUCAUGUUUGUGUUAGGGCCAAAGUGUAUACAAAGAACAACAGGCUGAGAGAGUCUUCGGCAGCGAGCUUCAAUUCCACACCAGGUGAUCGAGGAGCAAGUGGAAUGAAGGAUUUGGUCAUAAGCCAAGUAUCGUCAAGAGGAGAAGAGGACUGGAACAUGAUGAUGAGCAUGGAAGAUGAAAAAGAAAGCAGCACUGAAUGUCCUCUGAGGAAGAAGCUCUGUCUCUCCAAGGAACAAUCUUGUCUUCUCAAAGAAAGUUUCAGGCAAAACCAUACAUUAAUCCCUAAACAAGAGGCGUUGGCAGUGAAGUUGAAGCUGAGGCCACAGCAAGUUGAGGUGUGGUUUCAAAAACUUAGGACCAGACUGUUGCUGUCCCCUGGAGCUGACUCAGGUGCUAACAGGCUCGAAAUAGGAGUGAUUGUGUUCUUGUGUGAAUGUAAUAAGGAAAGAAAGAUAGUUGGUGUGGAGUUGCCAAAUGUAGAAGUGAGAUAUAAGAAUUUGAUAUUGGAAGCUGAUUGUGAGAUUGUUCACAGAAAGCCCCUCCCAACUCUAUGGCUCAUUUUCUAUUAAGCCUAAAAUUGACAUAAUCUGUUCUCGGUCAACCAUACUGAUCUUCCAUUACAUAUGUAGUUGAAUUAUUGUUGUGGAAUUCCAAUGGCUUGUGGUAAAUUGAUGUUACCUUUAACUUAUAGAGGAUACGUUGACCUUUCUAUUUCUAUCUUGUGCUUCUUGACUUCUGAAGGUCUUUUGAUAGUAAACUUUUUUGUAAGAUUAUAAUUUCUUAUCCAAUUAAUAAUUCGUGUAUUUAAGCAUAGGUAACCCUGAAAUUGUUCUUCUCAUGUCAGAACCAAUAUGUUUGGGUCACACUGUCAUAAGUUUUACAUCCUCUUGGGGGAAUCUGUAUAUAGUUUAAUGGAAAUGCCUUACACUUCAGUUUCUCAGCAAAAGUUUUACUUUUGAACCCAAGUACCCAAUUUGUAUACGAAAAUUUAACAAUUUGUUGUUUUGCCUUGAGAUACUCUAUUAGAGAUUAGACUGAAUUCCAACUGGCUUCAGAAAAUAAUGCGGAAAACUCUUUUCUGCUAGAAAUUUUGUAAAGGAAAAUGUAAACAGCUGCUGGGGAAUGUAUACUUAAGUUCGCUUGAAUUAUUGCAGGAUGAUUCUUCUGCUUGGCCCCCAAGUUCCAGGAAGACCGCACUUUUAAUGGCUCUUGCAGGAACUCCUGACAAAUCUCUAAAGGUUUCAGAUUUUCUUUGUAACUCACCAUCAUUUUAAAUACAUUUGGAAUGUUACUGUCUUGAGUAUCACUCAUAUGCACGAUUCUAUAACUAAGUAUCUAACUUGCUUAAACAUGAUAGAAUCAUAAAAGAAAAGCUCGAGGCAUCACAAGUACACAUCUUUUAUAGGUCUCCUAAUUUUGUAAUAUUUGAUUAUACCUCCCCUUUUACUGUUCUGUUAUAUUCUGCUGCACAAACCAAAGGUUUCUCUCCUAUAUAUUACAAAUAGAAUUUAGUUUAAUUUCUUAGAUUACCCUGCAACUUUUUCCAGAAGGAUCAAGUCUAUUUUGUAGUCAUAUGUUUAUUUACUUUUAGCUUGAUGCAAGCUAUAAUAUUAUCUUAGUUUUAUUUCCUAAUUUACUCAGUUUUGCUUCUGUUUUCUUCAGCUAAUUUACUUCUCUAUUGUUUGCUAUCAUAGUUUGAUUUCCUAUUGUACUCAGUUUUGCUUCUGCUUUCUUCAAAGGUAACAAGGGAAAAGUUUUCUUUAGUGGUUACCAGUUGGAUGAGUUUGUUCCCAGAAAACAUUGGCUUAUGUAUGCCAAAAGAUCUGCUUUUUGCAGAAAUGACUAAGGGAAACACUCGAUUUUUCUACCUGAUAUCUUGGUGUUGGAAACCGAGGAAGUAGGCUUCUUUAAAUUUUAAUACAGUGAAGUUUUAGUCAUAGCCACCUUAUCAAUUCCCAAGAGUAGUUGAUAGGUACAGAGCAGUUUUUUUUUUUUUUCUGCCUGUGGAGAUAUGAUGAUGGGAGUCAGUAAAAGAGAUGUGAACCGAGAUACUUACAUGAAGGUAUCUUCAACAUAUUUGACCUUUUUUAAAUAUCUGAUGUUUUGUUCUAUAUGUUGUUGCUACAUGUGAAAUAUCCACGGCAUUGGUUGUUAUAACAGGCAAUGUCUACCUUCAAACAGAUCAUGUUUUAAAAGUAUUUCUCUUUAUUGAAGCUGUAGCCACAUUUUUUUUGGUUAUUUGUAUCAUGCAAAUGCUUUAAGUUAAAAUCUUAACUGUCUUGUGAUUUCCCAGGCCCUUGUACUCAAUAUCUUUGCUGACACAAUGGUGGGAGAUGAGAUGAGAAGAGGCAGCUCUGGAGGUCAAAAAAUGAGAUUGAGUACAAGUAAAUUUUCAUAAAUGCAUCUGCUCUCCCUCCACUUGGAGAGGUUGCAUGUCUGCAGCAGCUGGUGCAUAUCAGGGAUGCUACCGAAUUGAUUUCACUUCUUUCUCCAGCUUCAUAAACCUUUGAAAUCUUUGAUGACAUCAUUUUGAUGUGGAAGGAAAGGUUGUGUAUUAAGGACCACACAUCAAGUAGUAGAAUUUUUCUGUGCCUUGUAAUUGUGAGGCUCUAGAAUCCCUUGGCACUUUACCCGUCUUUAACAACUAUGGUUCUUUUACUUUAUCACAGUUCCUCAUAGGCUGAUGCAUCUUUCUUUUUAAUAUUACUUCUAUUUUAAUGUUAUAAAAUCUAUCUACCUUUAUUCUUUCUUGACUUUUGUUUUAGGAUCAAUGUAAUUAAGAGUUUGUAAGCAUGCUUAUAGUUUGUGUAAUUUUAUUAUAGUGGACAAUAUGAUUCAGGUGCUUGAAAAGAUAAA